AUGGUUGCGGUUGGCUUCGUUAGCUAUCUACUUCUUCUCGCUACGGCUGUUGGCGCCGUUAGUGUCUCCGAGCUGGUUGGAACAUGGAGCACCAAGUCAAAGAGUGUGUUUACAGGGGAGGGCUUCUUCAAUCCCGUUGAAGAUCGACUCAUCGAACCAAAGCACCCGGGCGUUUCUUAUUCGUUUACGUCGGACGGUUACUAUGAAGCGGCCUACUAUCGCGCUCUCGCCAAUCCGAAGGAUCCUUCCUGCCCCAAAGGAAUCAUGCAAUGGCAGCAUGGCGCAUUCACUCUGUUUGUCAAUGGAUCCCUAGUCUUGACUCCCAUCGCCGUUGAUGGCCGUCAGUUGCUGUCAGACCCGUGCAAGAAGGACAUUGCCACCUAUACCAGAUACAACCAGACAGAGUUCUUCAAGUCGUACGCGGUCUCGACAGAUCCCUACCACAAGGUCCGUCGCCUUGACCUCCAUGGCCACGACGGUGGUCCCUUGCAUCCGAUGUACCUUGCUUACGAAACACCCGAGAUAUUGCCUACGACGACCUUGAACCCGUUGCACACCCAGGCGCACAAGAGCAAGCGUGAUUUGAGUGACAGUUCCAGCUCAUUCGUCAUACAGAACCUGAUUGAGAGCGAGGGCUUGGUCAGCCCUGAGCGGUGGUGGUGGUUUGGUGUCAUAGCGACUUCUCUGGGUGGAAUCGCGUUGAUGUAUGCUUGA